CUUCCAAAGGCCUCAAUGAGUUCCGAUGCGUGUCCUAUCACGCAGAGUGCAACAAAUUUUGAGACCCAAACCUCACAAAGACUCGUUCUAUUACACAGACCUGUUGCACCUUUGCAAAACCACCGGUAACCUUAAAAAGGCGCAUGCGCAGGUUGUGGUUGAUGGCCACGAGAAAGACCCGUUCAUCGCCACUAAGCUCAUUGAUAAGUACUUCCUCUUUUCCAACCUUGAACUCGCAUGCAAGGUGUUUGACAAUUUGUCCGAACCAGAUGCUUUCUGUUGGAACGUGGUCAUCAAGGGCUACGCCAACGUGGGUCCUUUCGGUGAAGCCUUAAACAUAUACAAUGCGAUGCGUUGGCGGGGUAUCUCCCCUAACAAGUACACUUACCCGUUUGUUCUCAAGGCAUGUGGCGCCGAGGGAGCUUCUAGAAAGGGUCAAGUGAUUCAUGGGCACACUGUGAAGUGUGGAUUGGACUUGGAUUUGUUUGUGGGCAAUUCCCUUGUUGCGUUUUACGUUAAGUGUCAAGAAAUUGAAGUGUCCAGAAAAGUGUUUGAUGAAAUUCCUCAACGAGAUAUUGUUACUUGGAACUCCAUGAUUUCAGGGUAUGUUGUGAAUGGUUAUGUGAAUGAUGCUAUUCAGCUCUUCUAUGAUAUGUUAAGAGAUGAAGGCGUUGUAGGUCCUGAUCAGGCCACAUUUGCAACUGUUCUUCCUGCCUUUGCUCAGGUAGCAGAUAUUCAUGCAGGGUAUUGGAUUCAUCGUUAUAUUGUGAAGACAGGGAUGGAACUCGAUUCUGCUGUGGGAACUGGACUUAUAUUGUUGUACUCGAAUUGUGGUUAUGUAAGCCAGGCGAGAGCUAUCUUUGACAUGAUUUCUGUUAGAAGUGUUGUAGCGUGGAGUGCAAUAAUUAGGUGCUAUGGGACACAUGGUCUUGUUAUGGACGCUCUCACUUUGUUCCGGCAAUUGGUUGAGGCUGGAUUGAUCCCUGAUGACAUUGUGUUUUUGUGUUUGUUAUCUGCGUGCAGUCAUGCAGGUUUGGUUGAGCAGGGCUGGCAACUUUUUCAUAGCAUGGAAACUUAUGGAGUGGGGAAGAGGGAGGCACAUUAUGCUUGCAUUGUGGAUAUGCUGGGGAGAGCUGGGGAUCUGGAGAAAGCAGUGGAGUUUAUUCAGUCUAUGCCUGUCCAACCUGGGAAAAAUGUUUAUGGUGCAUUGCUUGGUGCUUGCAGAACACACAAACAUAUGGAGCUUGCUGAAAUGGCUGCGGAGAAGUUGUUUGUCUUGGAUCCUAACAAUGCUGGGUGUUAUGUGAUUCUAGCACAGAUGUAUGAAGAGGCAGGGCGAUGGCAAGAUGCUUCCAAAUUGAGGAAAGUAGUAAAGGAGAAAGAAAUGAAGAAGCCAAUUGGGUAUAGCUCCGUAGAGUUGGAAUCAGGUCGUAAAAGAUUUGCGGUAAAUGGUGAGAGUCAUUUACAUACAACACAGAUCUUCCAGAUCUUGCUUAGCUUAGAUGGGAUUAUGGGUAAAGAAACUCACGCAAUGUGAUGCCAUUUUGUAGGAAACGUGGAUAAAAAUGCAAUGCGUAUAUCCGACCAUGGGAAAGGGACAUUCUUUGGCAACUAUGAUCCACCCCACCAAAAAAUAUCUAUUC